AGAGACAGACACACUGUGGACCGAGAGCCUGUGUUUUCAUUUCAUCAUCCAGUCCAGACCAGCAACACCAGAGAGGAAGGGGACGAAGGGAAGAGGAGGACAAAGAAGACCUCCAGUGACAGCAGGGAGAGUGAAAGAGGCAAGGUGAAGGAGGAGAAGGAAGGAAGGAAGGGAGGGAGGGAGGAAGGAGGCUGGGGCAUGAGGAGGGGUGCCUGACUGACAUUGCUGCUCUUCUUAAAAGCUCUCUCACACACACACACACACACACACACACAGACACACACUAAUGUAGGCAGACCCACACACAGCAGAUUGUACUCUGCUCAGUUAUUCCUCUUUUCUUAAAAUCCUUUGCGGAGCCUUGUCCUCCAUCCUCUGAGCAAGAGGACAAGAGAGACACAGAGAGAGGAGGAGGGAAAAGGACGAGGAGGAGGAGGGGAGGCAGUAACCCUCUCCUCUCCGUUUCUCAGAUACAGCAGAAAGGGAUAGGGAGAGGAAAGGAAAAGGAAAGAGGAGAAAAGCAGCUUUCUGUUCUAUUCCUGCCGUCUCCUGUGGUCCCUUGGCCAGCGAGCGGCUAACAGGCACCUCUCAUGUCCGUGAACUCGGAGAAAUCCUCGUCCCCUGAAAGGAGGGUACCAUCCGGUGAAGAUCGGGGAUUUGUUCAAUGGAAGGUACCAUGUGAUCAGGAAGCUGGGGUGGGGCCACUUCUCCACCGUAUGGCUGUGCUGGGACAUACAAGUGAAGAACUUUGUGGCGAUGAAGGUGGUGAAGAGCGCCCAGCAUUACACGGAGACGGCCCUGGACGAGAUCAAACUGCUGCGAUGUGUGAGAGAGAGCGACCCCGGCGACCCCAACAAAGACAUGGUUGUCCAGCUGAUAGAUGACUUCAAGAUCACUGGAAUCAAUGGCAUACAUGUGUGCAUGGUGUUUGAGGUACUGGGUCACCACCUGCUGAAGUGGAUUAUUAAAUCUAACUACCAAGGUCUGCCACUGGUGUGUGUCAAGAGCAUUAUCCAACAGGUCCUGCAGGGUUUGGACUACCUCCACACAAAGUGUAAAAUCAUCCACACGGACAUAAAGCCGGAGAACAUCCUGAUGUGCGUAGAUGAUGCAUUCGUUAGGCGCAUGGCCAUGGAGGCAACCGAGUGGCAGAAAGCCGGAGCCCCACCGCCGUCUGGAUCCGCAGUUAGCACAGCCCCUCAGCUCAAACCGGCGAGUAUAACAGAUGCGGGGAAGAUUUCCAAGAACAAGAAGAAGAAGCUGAAGAAGAAACAGAAGCGGCAGGCGGAGCUGCUGGAGAGGCGGAUGCUGGAGAUCGAAGCCCUGGAGAGAGAGGCAGAGAAAAAGGAAGAGAGCGUCAAAGAGGGGGAUGAUAAAGAGGCACCUGAGCACAACCGGCCUUCAUCUCUGCAGACAGCGGCGCUCGGCCCCAGCAUGGCCCCGGGAGAGAGCGACGAGGACGACGACGAUGAGGAGGAUGGGGAAGACGAGGAGGAGGAGGGAGGAGAGAGGGAGAGGCCCACCAGGUUGACGAAUCAUACAUGUGCAGCACCUCCUCAGGAGCAGGUCGAGGUACCCACCAUCACCGAAGACGACCCUGAUGAGGAGGCGGAAGAAGAGGAUGAGGAGCCCACGCCUGUCGCUGAAAAAGAGGCCCCCAUUCCUCCCCCCACUCCAGAGGAAGGUAGUGGAGAUGCAGCACCAGCAGAGGUAGAGGAAGAGGAGCAGGAACAAGAUGAGGAGGAAGAUGAUGAGGAGGAGGAGGGAUUGAAAGGGACAGAGGAUGAGAAUGAAGAAGAGGACGCACAGGCGGAAGAGAGGGUAGAGGAGGAGGAAGGCCAGGAGAAGGCGGAGGUGGAGAAAGAGACUGAAAAAGGGGAGAAUGAGAGAGAGGAGCCAAAGAGUGACAGCAAAACAGAGGAGGAGGCCGUGUUGGAAAAGGAGGAAUCGAAGGAGCAGGAUGGAGAGAAUGAGGAGGAGCAAGAGGAAGAAGAGGAUGAUGACGACGACGAGGAAGAUGAUGAUGAUGACGACACGACAGCUGACCUCCUUACGGACAACUCCCCCCCUAUCAAACCCCACAACAACAAAACCAACUCAGCCAAAACCAACGGUCACGUUUUGUUAGGGUCUGAGGUACUGAAACCAAACCCUGGCCCCCCUCCACCACCCUCGCCAACCCCCGAUCAUCUCCUCUGCCCCCUGGUGGAGUCUGAGCUGAGCUACACGGACAGGGAAAUCUCUCUCAGCUCUGGUUAUGAGAUGUACAACGGCGACCUGUGCGGACCGGGGCUAACCAACGGAUCCCGAGAGCCACAUCGGGGCGCGAGGCCCAUCUUUCCCGACUUGCCCCUGGAUCCUGAGCCAGGAAACCCUGUUAUGGUUGGGACAGCAGAGAUCGGAGCAGGACGGUCUCCCAACAGCCCGGCUGACCGCAGUCGCACUGUGUCGUCCUCGAGCACGGGGGACACACCCAAAGUCAGGGCAAGAGCUGCCGACCUCCUGAUCAACCCACUGGAUCCUCGCAACGCGGAAACUCUUCGCGUCAAGAUCGCUGAUCUUGGAAAUGCCUGCUGGGUGCAUAAACACUUUACCGAGGACAUCCAGACGAGACAGUACCGCUCUAUUGAAGUCCUGAUAGGAGCUGGUUACAGCACUCCUGCAGAUAUCUGGAGCACUGCCUGCAUGGCUUUUGAGCUGGCUACAGGAGAUUACCUUUUUGAGCCCCACUCUGGAGAGGACUACUCCCGUGAUGAGGACCACAUCGCUCUGAUCAUGGAGCUCCUUGGGAAGGUCCCACGCAAAGUGGUCGCUGCCGGGAAGUACAACCGAGAGUUUUUCUCCAAGAAAGGUGAGUUACGGCACAUCACCAAGCUCAAGCCGUGGUCCCUGUUCGACGUGCUCGUGGAGAAGUACGGCUGGUCGCACGAAGACGCCAGCCAGUUCACCCACUUCCUGAUGCCCAUGCUGGAGAUGGUGCCCGAGAAGAGGGCCUCGGCCGGCGAAUGCCUCAACCACCCCUGGCUCAACUCGUAGCUACGAACUCCGAUCGGACAUCCUCUUCCCCUCGUCCCUCCCCCGACAGUUAGCCCGAACAUCACCCCCUGUGGGCAGCCUGUGGUAUGGUACGGUAUGGCGAGAAGAUGGCGACAAGUCAGCGUAGAUGAGAAUGACUUCAUCUUUACUGCCCGAUCCUAGACGUGCACCCUCACUCGCUUAUCUGACGAGGCCUAACUCCUAGACAGCUCCCUCCAUCUUCUCCUGAAAGUAAUGUACAGACAAGCUUGUGGAGAUUAAAGGACAUAGUAACUGUGUCUUCCUAAACGUUUCCCCCAGAUCAUUAGAGGAUGGAUGCUGCUCACAGAAGAGAGUCAGGCUGUGUCUGAAAGAGAUGUGCUUUCUUCUUUUCCUCUGUCGUCAAGAUGUCAGCCAGUCCCUUUCAUCUGUCUCCUCAAUAUUCUCAGUUUAUCGUGUUUGGAUGCGGUCGGGGGGCCACUGACAGCUGCUGAUCUUUUCGAUGACACGACACAGAAAGUCAAUGAGAAGCCCUGUCGCAGUGUUGAUGGCACAGAGCUCCCUCUGCCAUGACCUUUACCCAGCCAGGGUCUCAAAGACAGACAAACGUGUGUCCUCUUUUAUGAGAGAAUGAGCGUAUGUGCCUGUGCUCAAGAUCUGCCUACAUUAAGACCCUUCCCCUCUUUCUAGUACAGUAGCCCCACCUUCCCUCCCUCACCCUGCCGUGGAAGAAACUCCCAUAUCGGACGAAAAGUUUACACCCCAUUUCUUCCGAGCAUACACUCCCAGAAAAGCCUCGUCUACCUGUUUGGGUGCCUACUUCCUCCCCCUUCCUAAAUGAGCUGCAUGCUCCUGCUGGGGACCA